AUGCUGCCUUCCCUCUGGGAAUAUUACAAGUGUCCAAAUCCUGGAGAGUUUAUGUCAAAUCGCAAAGCUGUUAUUAAAACUACUGACGAUUGUUUGCAGCUUCAGUUUGGCCCCAACAGACUUUUGCAUUCAGCAGCUGUGUCAGAGGCAAGCCUUUAAGAUUGUUCUACACAUCAAACAGCACCAGAUCACAGCCAGGAGGAACCAUCAAAUUCAGAUAGCUACAAAUCCAAGAGUACAAACAAUUCUUGUUUUAUGUUGGCAUCCAAGAGAAACAGAUCUGUCAGUGUGCCAGUGGGUCAGCUGAGAGUAUCAGAGUUCUCUCUAAAAUUUAAGUUACCCCCUAGUUGUCAAGGAUUGUCUCAGAGAAAUGAACAUCAAGCAAGAGCCACUAGAGUAAGGGCUUAAAAAAAGGGAUCCAAAACAGUCUCUGCCAAAGUUACAGCAGCAACCAUCGUCUUGUUGCUGGAAGGCUGCAAGCUGACUCUGAACACCGCAGCACGGAGAGUGUUCUUGGCACGCGGCGCAGAAGCCCUCAAACCGGAAGGUUUACCGCAUGAAGCCAACGUCUCUGUUUCAACAGGAGAGAGCCCUUUUCAGAAUCCCAGAAAAACUAUCUUAGACCAUCUGUUGUUAAUGAAGAAAGCAACUUGGACAAUGCAUGGGUUGAUGCUUCCUGCUGAUGUCAAAAGACAGGAAAUCAAGCCUGUCCUUUCCAGAAGGAUGAAGAUGCUUCCUCAGCAGGUGUCAGUGAGAAUUCGCCUUAAGAAUGGCAUGAGGCAGGAUGGGCAUGCAAUUACAGUGGGAAAGGAAACAAGGACAAAGGUUUUACAUGCCUGCACAGUGAAAAGGAAUCUAGAUUUGCCAGCCAGGUGUAUUCACCACAUGAAUGGUAGAGAAAUUGAAGACAUCUCAAAAGUUCCUCUGCUUGAAAAAUGCCUGCAAAAUUCCAUCACACCUUUGCGGGGACCACUUUAGGUCUCUAAGGGAGAAGGUUUCAGCCCCUCGGGCACUAAGAUGUACGUCCAAGGAGUUCUUGGGGCCUUAGAUCAACGACUAAAGUCUGCAAAAAAUUAUUACAAGCAGGUAAACUUGAUGAUGAACAAGAGAAAAGCAAAAGUAACAGAAAAGGCCACUCUGUUGAUGACACCAGAGGAAUACUGGAAGUCACAAGAAGAGGUGAGUAUGCUGAUUGAUGAAUUGUAGACAGCUAUCAAAAGCAGCAGAGGUCGCCUGGCCAAGCUUGGCCUCCAAUUACAGGCUGAGCAGGAGCAGUUCUCCUCUCUGGUCUGCCAACACAUUAAAAGCCUUCCAGCAAACACCGUGGCCCCAGGAGGCCUGCUGCUCAAGGUAUUUGAAAAUGGUAAACACACUGGAGAGAUCACCGUGUACAGCAGUGGAAAAGAUGUAGAGUCUAACAGCCCAACUCCAGGUGACAAUACAAUGCAAAGAGUAAAUAAUUCUUUGUGUGACGGCUGCAAAGGCUCCUCUCCCAGUUCACAAGGCCUCCUCCAUUCUUCUUCAGCCGGGAUUUCCGAUGAACACGGUCAAGAGAUUAAGAGUCCACUGCAGCUGAAGAAUGGGCAAAGCAUUUGGCUUUCUUGUGGGAAAGCAUACAGAUCUCCACUAAAGCCUGUGUUGGCUCUGACCUUUGACCGAGCGACUGCUUUUGUCAGCGAUGGUAUCACUCCCGUUUAUAAGACCCUUGUGGAUGCUGAUACUGUUCCAUUAUUUGGAUGUGAGUAUCUUACUGUUCUUCGUUGGGAAGUUUGAGAGGGAUUUCCAGUGAACUCCGACUGCACCAGUCAACAGAUCCCAGGUUACUUUGAGAAAGUGGCCUUGGAGAGCCAUUCCCUACAGAACAAGGUGGGUCCCAAUAUCGUUCCUUAUGCCUCCAUUUCAAACAGAAAGGACAGUUCCCCAAGGAGUGACAUGAAUAGCAGCUAUCAGAGAGUGUCCUGGCUGGCAGGUAGCAUGUGGCCGAUCACCAAGACUGGGAUGAUCCUGAGGAGAACGAUAACUCAGGGCUGCCUGGCUAUUGGUCAUUCAGUUGGAGUGAAGACCACCAAAGGAACUAUAAAUUACUGCUACAAAAAAAAAAGAAAAGCGACUCUACUUCACGUAGUCACCAUCAACAUCUCUUCAAGCAGGGAGUGUGGUCUCCGUGCUGGCACUUGUGACUGGCUUGAUCUUCAGCAGAGUAAGGGGACCAAUGGGGAUGUUGAAGAGUACCUGAUGUCUUCUUCGGUCUGUGCUCUUCUGAGUCAGAAUAAACAGGCUAAAUUCUCCACCUUGCAGAUUGAAAGGGCUAAGCCUCAGUUUUUCCUGACCCUGCUGGAGGAUUUCACUGCUGUAGUGGAUGUGAAGCAGACAGAGGACAUCAUUCAUCACAGAGCCUGGACCACCGUUCAUCAAGAAGAGUACAGAUACUGUGUAGAAGAGGCUUUGCAGAAGCAAGCCAACAGUCCUUUACUGAAAUAGCAGCAGGAGCCCUCCGACAAUCAUGUCGUGCCAGACAGCUCUCUUGAGGAGACAGAACAGCUGACUGGGCUGCUGCUGAAGAGACAGGAAGGGAAACCUCCCAGGGCUCCUGCUCAAAGGUGGGCAGUAAGGCAUAAAGGGACCAGCAAGCCUGGCCAGUGGAAACACCCCAAAGUUGAAAAUUCUCUGUGGAACAAGCUUACAUCCCUGCGGCCAGUCCUGCCCUGUGGCCAGCUUAAUGAGGAGCUUGACUGGCCAAUAGAAGACCUACUGGUGCCCAACAGCCCUCUCGUGAAGAGGCCGGUUUUUAAGACCGAGCAUCGUGUCCCUGUGAGACUCCGUGUUCUGAGGAACGGAGACAAGAAAAACAGCAGAGCCCCCGCGAUUGUCCUGGUAGGCUCACCUGGAUGGAAAACGCAGUGCACUGAAAUUUUAAAUUUACCUUCUGCUGCUCGGAGGAGGCUUUUCCGUGAAAAAGGGAAGGAACCUUUUUCCCUGACGGACCUACAGAGAUGGUGCGGGAUUGGAACUGAGAGGGCAUGGGCACAGCUGAGGAAACACCCUUGGUUGCAAGGCUCCCAGGUCAGCAUCCACUGGCAAGCAUGGAAGAGGCCCUGGGAGUCUGACGACACAUACAGUUACGGCUUUGCCUCCUUCCGCACACUCUGCGGAACUGGUGUCUCUGUCAGUACUUCGCUUCUCUCCGUUACUGGGUGGUAUCCCAUGAUACUGAGCUUUGGCUGUUCACCCACUGUGUAUGUUUCGUGUGGAGAACACUGGAUCAAUCCUGACCUCUCCAUGGCUCAACAAAGGAAGCAAGUCUUCCUCAGAAGCCUCGAGGCUGACAUUUGCAAGAUUAAAACCUUUUGCAGCAUUCGCAAGGUGGAAGCUCUUGUUUUAGAAGUCCAAAGUGACCUUGUUCCUGAUAAACCUGUAGCCAGUUUUGAAGGAGAGAAGCAAGUGAAAGGACCAGAGGGAAGGGAGAUGGGAAAUUCUGCUUUAAUAACAAGAGAUGCUUGCAGAGACACUCUAGAUUCAUAUGCGAGAGCCCAUCUCCUCAUGGAAGCCUGUCGCAGGAUGCUCAAAUAUGCUUAGCAGGAUCCUUCAUACAACCUUGCCAAUGGUUACAGCCUUCCAAAGAAAAUGGAGAAAGAGCUCUUUAAAAAUGAAACACAGAGUUUCCUUCACCUUAGCCAUUUCCCAAAGCACAGCAGAUAGCAGAAGCCAUGUCACCAGGAGUUUGAAUACAGAGACGAGCAAAUCAUUUGCCUUGCUGCUCCUCAACUGGUCCUAGGGGUACAAGGCUCCAGAUUCCAGCCAAGCACAGAGGUCAUUUUAGUGGAGAAGAAAUCUGAUGAUAGUCAUCAACAUUGGAUACACAAGAAAGAUGGCGGGACCUUCCACCUAGUGAGUAAUCCAGACCUUGCGCUGGCAGUGAAUAUGACCAAGGCUCAAAAUGAAACCCGUGGCUAUCCAGUUAUUAUUCAGAAAUAUAAGCCAUACAGCAAUGAGGCUGCCAAUCAAAAGUGGCAUUACAUGGAAAAUAAAAGAACAUUCAUAGCUUUUCACAGCACAGCCCUGGAUAAGGAAAUCACAGCAGCGAAUUCCUCUGGCCUUUGCACGUCCUCUGUCACUAAAGAAAACAUUGAUCAACCUGGGUACUGUUACCUCUCACCUGAUGGAAAGGGAAAAAUCAUGCUCUGCCUGGCGCGCGGACAGUCCAUGGGGGCAGAGAAGGGGCUGAGACAUCUGCCUCCAAGGACUCCAUUCUUCUGUGUUUCAGGCUCUGAACAGAAGUCCUUGUGACGAGGGUCUUUCAAGGUCAUCAGUGUUGCCAAGGUACAUACCAGGCUCUGCUGCUGCCCAUCUGAAAACACUCUAAGAUAUGAAAAGCAUCUGUCAUCUUCAUGGACAAAGACAUGUGAAUGCACUGCUACUCACUGUGGCGUGGUAGCUUUGUACCAGAAGGUGGUGAAAAUAAUUGCAUACAAAAAUGGGAAUGGGUAUCCGAAUGGGAAGUUAAUUGUGGCUGGGACAUUUCCGUAUCUUCUUGCAGAGUGCACGGAACGACCUAAACUCACCAGAGCAGCUUCCAAAAUCUAUACCAGAGAUGGAACCACCAUCCUCACCUUGCGUGGUUUGCUUCUGUGGGCUAUCGGUGAAAACCUUCCCCAGGAAGACCCUGAGGAGCAACAGACAAGCACAGAGUCUGUUGGGACAGAAGAGAUAGCUGUUCAAAAUGCAGAAGAAAGCUCAAGAGUGAAAACGGAAAGCAUAUUGGAUUGUUUGGGGGAUCUAGAUAAGUAUCUGCUCGCUCAGGUCCUCAAAAGUCCUAUCGCCAUUUGGGUGUUUGGUGGUGAACCAUUUCUGCUUCUAACAGUGCAGACCCCACGGAAAUCAGAAAAAGUAAAAAAACAAGACUGGCUAAAGAGGAACAAAAUUUUGGCUGAUUUAGACACCAUGAAACACAAGAUGCAACAGUUGAAAAGGCAGUGAGUAGCAGCCUGUCAGCCAGCCCCCAUAGUUCCUACCCCAAGCCCUCUGCAUCCAGUGGCAGUUGAAGGAGGCUGGACUGAGACUGAAGAGGAAACGAAGCUCAUGGAACUGAUAAGACAGACAGAGGCACACCUUUCUGAAGGCCAAGAACGGCAGCCCAGGUGCUCUGUGAUUGCAGCUCAGGGAAAAGCAGAGCAGCACCGGCUGUACCAGGUUCCCAGAGUGAAGUAUGUGUGGGCCUACCAGAAUGAAGACAGACCGGACGGCAGCGCUUACGCCCGGGCCAGUGCUAUUUCAGAAUUGCUGGAUGACUGCACUGCUCGUCUGAAGAUGUCCCAACCAGCCAAAACCUUUUAUACCUCAAAUGUGGAGCUCAUUCAGUCAUGGGACGACAUAGAAAGGGAUAACUGCGUGUCUGCAGGACAUGGCUUUAUAACCUCCAAAGAAUUGCUUCAAGUGAUGGAAGUCAAAGCGAAUUAUGCCGGAGUCCGAAGGCAGCAUGGUCCUGAAGCAGCAGACACUGUGGUGUCACCGUCCAUGAAGCUGCUGUCUCUCCUGCAGCUACACAACUGA